GAGCGCAAACCAAGAAGGUGGAACGAAACGACACGAAAAUUCAGUUAGUCAGUGACAGGUUGACAUUUCUGAAGUAUUAUCUAGGGAACUUCCCUGACACCAGUUGGUGACCCAAUAACCUAACACCUUUCUGCAUGUUGUUAUUAGGGCUGUUCUUUGCCUGCUAUUAAAGCAUGAUGUCUUCUUUUUUACAGUUUUCUGGAUCUUACUGUUGUUUGUUUCAUCCAAGACCUUGAGGUCUUAAGGUGGUUCCAUGCCUCCCAGCAUACUCCCUCGUGCCUUCUCCUUCCUUUGUCUGCAGGGGCUCACUUCCUGUCCUCCACCUUACUCACUAUGAGGUAUCUCUCACCACCCAUACAAAUCACUUUGCACUUAGUGCUGCUCCCUGCCUCUGCAGUAUCAGCUCCCCUUUUGACAGAGCUAUUCUCCCUCCCUGACUACCCACCUCACCUUCAUUCAUCUGAAAAACCACACACACCUUGUCUCCCAGGGGACUUCUGUCUACUGAUUGACGCUCUGCUUCCCCAGCUUUCAGGUUAAGGGUUUUGUUGUUAAUCUUCUGUUAAAAGUUUGACUCAGUCUCAGGGCCUCAGCUUUCUGUUCUCUGCUGGAGGGCCCCAGGUUGACUCCUGCUAACGUCUGACCUGCACUCUAACUCUGUGUGUGUUGCCAGCCACCAGAGCUGCUGGCCUGUGAUGCUCUACUUCCUGUGUGUGAGACCAGAAUCCUCUUUUCUCCCAGAUCCUGUCUUCACCCUCAGAGUGUGUGUUCACACAUAUGGAAGAUUUAAGCUCUCUGAAAGAUAUUCCUGGGUUGACAACUCUCUUUCUAUAGUCUAAUCUGCCCUCUGAUUUUGCAUUUUGCCUGCAUCCAAAGUAAUUGUCCUGCAAAAUACUUUUUCCUUCAGUUUCAUGAAUGAGAUCAUUUUUCCUCCUGGUGAAUUCUUUUCCUCCCCAUGCAUUUUGUUUAGGUUCUACCAUAUUGCUCUGCCUUUCAGUUACCUUGAGUCUUUCCUAUUUGCUCUGUUAUUUCUGAAGGUCUCUGUGGUGGUCCAGUAGUUAACACUCCAUGCUUCGUCUGCAGGGGUCGCAGGUUUUAUCCCUGGUCAGGUCCCACAUGGCACAGGACAUGGCCAAAAAAAAUUUUUAAAGGCCUUCUGUAUGAAUUCCAGGUGCCUUCUUUCGGACUUCCCAGGUGGCUCAGAUGGUAAAGAAUCUGCCUGCAAUGUAGGAGACGUGGGUUUGAGCCCUGGAGAAGGAAAUGGCUACCCACUCCAGUAUUCUUGCCUGGAGAAUUCCAUGGAUAGAGGAGCCUGGCGGGCUACAGUCCAUGGGGUCACAAAGAGUUGGACACGACUGAGUGAUUAAUACUAACUAACUGCUGUUCCUACUGACUUUUGUUUUAUAAUACUCUCAUUUUUUUCACAAAGCAUAGGAUACACUUCCAUAGUAGACAUUUCUCUUAGACUGGGAUCUUAUAAGACCUAACUCAAACCAUGGCAUUUCUGUACUCCAUUUCCCCCCCUAGAAUUAUCAUGGAUGUUUUCAUUGUUCUUUUUCCUAGAAGAAAUGUGGGAGAUUGAUCCUAUGCAAUGGCACCCAGAAAACCAAAACAGAAUUAAAACUUUGGAAAGAUGUCCACAAAGUUAUGCAAAUAAUUUUGAUUUAUGCAAAAGCCUUGUUCCUUUAACACAAAAACACAAUAAGUUUGGCUCACACUGUAAAAGUUUGAAGUCACAGUUAGGUUUUGUUGUUGAGAAUAGAAGAUACGCAGGAAAGGACUCUGAUGGGUUCAGUGGGUAUGGGAAAUCAUCUGUCUGCCUCCAAGAUAAUAAAACUCUUAGUGGAAUCAAAUACCAUGGUUGUGUGAAACCCAGUAGCACUAAAUCACCACUCAAGUGGCCGUCAGAAAACUUGUUCAGGAAAGAAGCCAUAUGCAUGCAGUGAUUGCAGGAAAGCAUUCUCCAGGAAGGCACAGCUCAUUAGACAUCAGAGAACUGAAAGGGGAGAGAAGCCCCACAGAUGCAACGCAUGUGGGAAAGCAUUCAUGAAGAUUCAGCUCACUGAACAUCAGAGAACUCAUAUGGGAGAGAAGCCCCAUGAACCUAAUGAAUGUGGAAAAGCCUUCCAGAAGGUUGCAGCUCAUGGGUCUCAAGAGCAGUCACACAGGAGAGAAACCCUACAGGAUGUGGUGAGUGUGGAAAAGCCUUCAGCCAGAGGUUACCUGCUCAAGAGACAUCAGUGCUCUCACACCGGGGAGAAACCGUAUGGCUGCGGUGUGUGGGGGAAGGCCUUUUCCCAAAAGGCUCACCUCAUUGCCCAUCAGAGACUCCACACAGCCGAGAAGCCCUAUGAGUGCUGCGAAUGCGGAAGAACCUUCUUUUUUUUUACGUCUGACCUGACCAAGCAUCAGAGAAUUCACAGGGAAGAGAAACUGUGUGAGUGCAGUGACUGCAAAAAGGCCUUCCGAAGCCAGGCAAAGCUCAUUCAGCACCAGCGGACUCACACCAGAGAGAGACCGUACGGCUGCAGUGAAUGCGGCAAAGCCUUGGUGCACAUGUGCUCAUCAAACAUAAGAAGACUCACUGGGGAGAGAAAGCUGUAGAAUCCCCAGAGCUGGAGAAACCCUCCUCCGGGCGUCAUAGCUCUUUAUGCCUGAGUGAACUCGUACAGGAGCAAAGCCCUGUUAACGCAGUGCUUGCGGAGAUGGUGUCUUCAGGAACUCAGUCCUUAUUAAAGAGCGAGCUGCUAAUGGGCAGAGUGAUUGUGGCCUAGCCUUUUCUAAGAAGUCAGGCCUCAGUAGAUAAUCGGGGGUUUACCCAGGGAAUGAGCCUCAGAAAUGCUGAAUGUGAUCACCCCUUCAGUAAUAAAUUAUGUCUUAUAUGUUACAGAUACUACAUAGAAAGAAAAAUCCAUGGGUACCAGAGAUGGGGGAAAGCCUUGAGCCAGAAUCUUCCCCACAUUCUUAUGUGUCAAUGCUCACUUAGGGCAAAAAUGCUGGAUUUCCCUGGCGGUCCAGUGGUUAAGACUCCAAGCUUCCAAUGCAAGGGGCACAGGUUCAAUCCCUGAUUAAGGAACUAAAAUCUUACAGGCUGUUGUGGGGUGCAGCCAAAAAAAAAAUAUAAAGAGUUGAUUUCAGGACAGAAAUGCCAUGGAUGCAGUGGUUGUGUAGAACACUUCCAUGAGAAAUUAGACUUAGUAAAUAUCAGUGAGAUCAUAUGGAGCAGAAAUGUAGCUCUUGUGGGGAACCUUUUUCCCAGAAGUGAUAUCCUAGUGGGGUUCAAAGAGUUCCCAUGGGACUGAAACCUUAGGAAAGAGUGUGAUGGUCUUCAUUGAUCAAUUAUACCUUCUCACUUGUCAGAGAAGCAUAGAAAGACAACUCUAGAGGCACUGAAAGUGGAAAAAACACAUUUAUAAAGUGGAAGAACUCAUAGAAAAGAGAAAUCCCCUGAAAGCCGUAAAAAAAAAAAAAGGAAACUGUAUCCCUAAAUUAAGUCCUGUAUCACAGUUUUACCUUGGGAAAUGGGGA